AUGAUCGUGAGAAAAUCUUUGGAAAAAGCUUGGUUUUCACUUUUGCUCAUCGGUUUUAUAUUCAUCGGAGUUUUUAGAAUUUUCGAAGAUCCGGAAAAAAAAUUUAUAAGGGAAAAUGGAUUUACGGGGAAAACGACGGAAACGACGCCAUCUUUUUCGUACACGAAAGAAUACUACAGAGUGACAAAACCGUUAAAUUUAGCAAGGAACGGUACGGGAUUUAGCGAUCACGUGUUGUUUUUUAACAGAGUGCCAAAAUCCGGAAGUGAAAUGUUGGUACUACUGCUGCAGUGGCUUCAAGGACCGAACGGUUUCAGACACGUUAGAUUACCCGGAAGUGAAAAAAGGAGUUUGUCCGUUUUUGAACAGGAAGAACUUGUGGAACAGAUAACAAAUACGGAAAAAGCGGAAGCCGUACCUAUUUCCUUUGACCGUCACGUUUACUUCAUUAAUUUUACAAAAUUUGAUAAACAAUGGCCGAUAUAUGUUAAUUUAAUACGAGAUCCAGUCGAAAAAGCAAUUUCGAGAUUUUAUUAUGCGAGAGUGACGCCGGAUAUUAAAAAUCCAGACGUUCGAUACGCUUUAUCAAAAGGUUUGAUUCCAUCAUCGAAAUCUCCAGAUAAAAAAUUUGAAAAUUUCGAAGAUUGCGUCAUGGCAUCCGAUCCUGAAUGUAAUUUUAUCACCGGUAAUAAUUACGAUUUGGCCAUACCUUAUUUUUGCGGACAAGAACCAAAAUGUCGUAUUUUAAAUGACGAAUGGGCUUUGAGAAAAGCCAAAGAAAACGUUGAAAAUUAUUUUCCAGUCGUUGGAAUAUUAGAAGAAUUAAAUAUGACAUUGGCAGUUCUGGAAUCAAAACUUCCCAUGUUUUUCAAAGGAGUUCAAAACGUUUAUUUCAACGAAUUACUCGAACCGCAUAAAAAUAAAAACAAAUGGAAACCUAAACCGCCACCGUUCAAUCAAUUCGUUAGAAGUCAUUUAAAAAAUCAAUUAAAUUACGAAUACGAUUUUUAUUAUUGGAUAAAAUCAAGACUUAAAAAACAAUACGAAAAUAUUAUUAUUAUUAAUAAAAAAUUUAAACAAAAAAAUUUUAAUAGUAAAACCGGAAACGGAAAUCAUUCUGAUCGUCUUUGUUAA